AAGCCGCUGAAGCGCGCAUUGCUAACGGUUCCAUCUGAUGUGAGAGUCAGCCUGCGCCCCUAAAUACAAUCUGAAACAGAGUUAACGUUAUAUCACUAACCAGCCGCUUUAACAUGGCGAGAGGAGAAAGAGCCGAGCAGUUUCCUUCCAGCCUGUUACCCUCCGUCAAACACAUCAACAAGGAGGGGCUCAAAACCAACAAGACGCCCAAGGAGAAGAAGGAAUGCCUGUCCAUCUGCAGUAAACUAUGUUAUGCUAUCGGAGGAGCACCGUAUCAGAUAACUGGAAGCGCUCUGGGCUUCUUCUUGCAGAUGUACCUGCUGGAUGUGGCUCAGUUGGACCCUUUCUAUGCAUCUAUAAUCCUGUUCGUUGGUCGUAUUUGGGAUGCCAUAACUGAUCCCACUGUGGGAUUCCUGGUCAGCAGGAGUCCUUGGACACGACGUGGACGAAUGAUGCCUUGGAUUGUGCUGUCUACGCCAUUAGCAGUGAUCAGCUAUUUUCUGAUCUGGGUGGUUCCUCCUUUUGAAAAAGGAAAAGUGGUCUGGUAUCUAAUCUUCUACUGCCUCUUCCAGUCCAUGCAGACGUGUUUCCAUGUGCCUUACUCUGCUCUGACCAUGUUCAUCAGCUCUGAGCAGAAAGAGAGAGAUUCUGCAACAGCGUAUCGUAUGACUAUAGAGGUUUUAGGAACCGUUGUUGGAACAGCUAUUCAAGGUCAGAUAGUGGGCGGAGCCAACGCUCAGUGUAUAAACCACACUACUUAUCUGAAUGGCAGCAAUAUACACAAUCCUAAUGGCAACGCCUCCGACAUCUCACUGGAUGAUACGAAACAAGCAUAUAUGGUCGCAUCUGGUGUGAUCAGCGCCAUCUACAUUCUGUGUGCCAUUGUGCUGUUUCUGGGUGUCCGAGAGCAGAAAGAUGUUGCUGGUCCAAAAGCAGAGCAGCUGACGUUUUUAGAGGGUCUGCAGCUGCUGCAGAGGCACGGGCCGUAUGUUAAACUGGUCAUGGGUUUCCUCUUCACGUCUCUUGCCUUCAUGCUCAUGGAGGGAAACUUUGCUUUGUUCAUCACGUACACUCUGGGAUUCCGAGACGACUUCCAAAACAUCCUACUGGUUAUAAUGCUCUCUGGUAGUCUCACUAUUCCUCUGUGGCAGAUGUUCCUCACUCGAUUUGGCAAAAAGACUGCUGUCUACAUUGGCAUCUCAUGGGCAAUUCCAUUCAUGAUCAUCGCAGUGUGUCUCAAGAGUAAUCUGAUCUUGUCGUACGUGGUUGCCUUUGCAGCUGGUAUCAGCGUGGCUGCAGCCUUCCUUCUACCCUGGUCCAUGCUCCCAGACGUGGUGGAUGAUUUUAAAGUGAACAACCCAAACUCUCAAGGGCACGAGGCCAUUUUCUACUCCUUCUACGUUUUCUUCACCAAGUUUGCAUCUGGAGUCUCACUGGGAGUCUCAACACUCUGUUUACACUUUGCGGGCUAUGUGGCGCGAGGCUGUAACCAGCCAGACUCUGUGCAUUUAACGCUGAAGUUGCUGGUGUCGGCUGCUCCAGUCAGCCUCAUCAUCCUCGGCCUGAUCAUCUUUAAAACGUACCCCAUCAAUGAGAAGCGGAGGCAGAAAAACUGGAGACAGCUACAGGCCCUGCUACAGGACAACAGUGAACCGGACUCUGAAAGUUCUGAGUCUUCAGACUCACGAAGUUCAGUUUAAAUGAAUAAUCAACAAAAAUCAAACUGGGCACAUGCAGAACACAGACUGCCAUCACUGCUGUGUCCUGCAGAGGUCAGUAAGAGGAGCAAUCACUGCUGUGUAAUGCCUUUCACUGACCUUUCCUCAGUCUGACCCUGUCAGGGCACAGGUCACUGGGCACUAUUUACUGCCCAGGCUGCUCUGUCUACUACAGAACACGGCUGUCUUGUGGUACUUUGGUGCCACCUGUUGGGCAUGAAAGGAGUUAAAGCUUUUAAUUUAAGACCUGACCGAGAUCCAUUCUGUUGAGUAUUUUUGGCAGCCAAAAAAAAACAGAGUGACUUAAUCGUAUGCCUGUGUUUUCUGUCUGAAACGAAAAGGAAAGAAAAACAAAGUGACCAACGUGCAUAUUUAUGUGUUGAGGCUUAUUUGCGUUGAGCAAAUGAGCUUAUUUAUUGUCUGUUCUGUUUGAAAGGUUGUAUGAAAGUGAUUAAUUGUUGUUGACUGAGAUUACGAUUGCUUUGAAUCAAAGAAUUUAUUUGCUUCUUUGCAAAGCUUUCCAAAGUACAAUUAUUUAAUGUGUACUAAGGUGUAAACUAAAGUGGCUUAUUAUUAUCAA